AGCGCGAGCUCGGGACGCCUGAGCGCGUGGAAGAGCGCCGGCCCUUUGCACAUGCUCCCCAGGAAAGCCGGGCAUGUGCAGUAGCGCCGCUGCUCCAGCGCUUGCAUCUGCCUCCUUUCCCUCUUCCAGGUGAAGAGAGGCGGAAGGCGGCCUUUCCCGGCGCCAGCAUGGACAGCACCCAGGAAGAGAGGCAGCUGGAGCUCAUCGGCAGCCUGAAAGACCAAGCUAUUGGUGAAUAUGAAGAUCUAAAGGAAGAAAACAAGAAAACAAAAGAAAAGUGUUACAAAAUCAAGCAAGAAAGAGAUGAAGCAGUCAAACGGCUGGAAGAAUUGCAAAAAGUUUCUCACAUGGUUAUUGAGGAAGUCAGCUGUAUACAGAACCACCUCGAAAUCGAAAAGACAUGUCGUGAAAGUGCAGAAGCUCUUGCUACUAAGCUGAACAAAGAAAACAAGACUCUGAAAAGAAUCAGCAUGUUGUAUAUGGCAAAACUGGGUCCAGAUAUAAUUACUGAAGAAAUUAACAUAGAUGAUGAUGAGUCCUCUACGGAUACAGAAAGUAGCCCUGGUGUAUGUGAAUCACUGCAAUGCCAGCAGGUGAUAAAAGAUCUUCGAGAUCAAAUUAUAGCUCUUCAGGAGGAAAAGAAGUCCAUUGCCAUUGAACUGGAAAACCUGAAGAUCAAAUUUGUUGAAGAAGUUGUAGAAGUAAAUAAAAUAAAGCAAGAAAAUGCAGUACUGGCAGCAGAAGUUCAGAAUCAACAGAACGUUUUGGAAAAAUGUAAUCGAAUGUCUGUACUGGCAGUAGAAGAAUACGAUGAACUACAGGUCAACUUUGAAUUGGAGAAAAACUUACGAAAGAGAGCAGAAUCAUUUGCACAAGAGAUGUUUAUUGAACAAAAUAAACUGAAACGGCAAAGUCAACUUUUGCUGCAAAGUGCUGUCCCUGAUGAACAGCUCAUGAAAGCUCUGGAUGAAAAUGCCAAGCUGAACCAAAUGCUGGAGGAAGAAAGGUUGCAACAUCAGCAGAAGGUUGAAGAAUUAGAGGAACAACUAGCUAAUGAAAUCUUGCAUAAGGAAAUCAAAUCACUGAAACAACAGUUGGAACUUUUAGAAGAAGAUAAAAAAGAAUUAGAAGAAAAGUGUCAAAAUGCUGAAGAACAAAUUAAAACCUUAAAGCAUUCCGCAGAUGAACUUCAAAAAAGGAUGCAACAGCCAGAAACACCUGUACCUCCUCCUCCACCACCACUACCACCUCCACUACCUCCACCACCUCCAAAUCCAAUAAGGUCCCUGAUGUCAAUGAUUCGUAAGAAGUCUCAUCCAAACAGCAGCAUGGCCAAGAAAGAAAAGACAGCAUCUCAGCAAGAGUCAGGAGAAGUGACAGAUCUGAAGAGACAAGCUGUGGAAGAAAUGAUGGAUAGAAUUAAAAAGGGUGUUCACCUUAGACCUGUUAAUCAGACCAAUCGCUCUAAGACAAAGCCAGAAGUGCCCAAACCCUCCGAGAGUGCAAUGAAAGAGCUAAAGGGAAUUCUGGAAACACUGAGUACAUCUACAAGUUCAAGAAGUCUAAAAUCCCUUGACACAGACAAUAACGAAACAGAAUUGGAAAGAAUUCUGCGGCUGAGAAAGGUGACAACUGAUCAAGACAGUAGCAGUCCAUCUGGAAUCCUGGCUACUUCGGAGUCCAAGUCCAUGCCACUGUUGGGUUCCAAUGGAACACAGUCCGCCUUGAACAAGAAAGCUACAGUAACAGAAUUCAAUUCCAAUUCUUCAGGGUCAGAUGAACAGUGUCCUAAAAUGAUCAAGAGCACAAGUUCCAAGGUUGCCAUUGAGUCACCGAGAGAUGUGGGACUUGAAAACAAGGUUGCUGGUAUAGAAAAGCCAGAAGAAUCCAUGGUACUAUUGAAUGCUGAGAAAACCAAAGAGCAAAUGCCUGAACAUGUGGAUCAAGGCCAGAUGACUAAAGAAAAAGGUCAACACCUUCAUAAAGAUGGUAGCGUGGAACAAACAAAAGAAAAAGACACCUCUCACUGCUAAUUGACGUACGAAAAGGCAUUGACUUCUGGAAAUUCCUUUCAGUGAUUGUCAAUUGUGUUGUUUCUGUUUGUGCAAAGGGCUAUUCUUCAUACUUUCUGGUGUGUCUGGUUUACUGAAUUAGCCUUAGUUUUAUACAAUCCAAAGUCUCACUUUGGGCUACUUACUCCUGUUUUUACCUCUGCUCUGAGACUGUCUCUCCAAAAGCUGUGAGAUGUUUACUUCUUAAAUUAUGCAAAAUAUCAAAUAUUAUUCUGCAAUAAUGACUUGCUUAAGGCGUGAUUCAAAGACUACUGAUGCUGAUAUGAAAGCAUAGGUCAAACUUUAAUGAGGUUGAAACAUCAAUGUACUUGUGUGAGUGACUGAUAGGGUAACCACAAUUUUCUUUAGCAAACAAAGUCUACUGAGGCCUUGUUUGUAAGACUUAUUGGGCUGUUUCCUUUGGCCAGAGGUGGUCACACUUUUUCCAGGGUGACAUGAUGUAGAUUCAAGAGGUCUAUUUUUUCCAAUAUGUUCCUUAUGAUCUUUCCCUUCUCCUAUUGUUACCUGUGCUGGUGGAGUUUGGUGGUAUAUUGCAUUAAUGGGAUUCUGGUUUUUGCACUUUUGAACAUUUAGCAGGCUUCAAGUUAUUGUCGAAGGCUUUCAUGGCCAGAAUCACUGGAUUGUUGUAGGUUUUUCAGGCUGUAUGGCCAUGUUCUAGAAGCAUUCUCUCCUGACGUCUCACCUGCAUUUAUGGCAGGCAUCCUCAGAGGUUGUGAGGCUUCAAGUUCUCAUUAAAAUGGCAAUUUACUUCUGAGUCAUUGUAGUUCAAACUGCACUGAUAGUCACAUAAUAGCAUCCAUGUUAUCCAGGCAGUUUAAAUAGCCAUAAAUGGGCAAAUGUUUCAAAAAUAUAUACAAUUUGUAUCAGAUUGUAUGCAAUGCUUAAAUAAAAGGCAUUCAUUGCAUUAUAGAGUUGGAAAGGAUUGCAAGGGCCACCUAGUCCAAUCCCAUUCUCUGUGAAACAGAAAAUAAACUGCCUCUGCGUCUUCUAGGAAGUGACUAGCACAUAAUUUGUGUUCUUACUUGUAAGCAAAUUAGUUUUUAAAUAUUAGAACACUAUAUAAAUCGAUUAAACUUCGUUUAGUCAAGUAAUUUAGCUGACUCAAUUGACUCACAGUACCAUUCUAUAUGUCCAGCUGAGUUCAUAGGACUUUCUUCCAGGUAAAUAAAUCAGAGGUCAGCAAAGUGCAGGCCUUGGGGCAACCUAUAUCCCCAAAUACGUAUUAUGGCCCUCAACACUUCCAGUCAUGUUUCUGGCCAAACAAAAUGGAGUGAUUGCUCUCCUAGAAGCCUCCAAGUUUAGUAAUGGGCAUUUUAAAUAGCUUGUAAGGCCCCCCUGCAUUAUUAAAUAUAAGAAAUAAACAUUUUUGAGAAUCAAAAGUGGACAUCUGAUCACUUUAGUGGAGUUGUUCAGAGGCCCAGUGCAUAAAGCAGGCCUCUGGACCUACUCUACUUGGCCAGUUUUUGCCUAAUGAAACUGGGGAAAAUAGUUGUGUUCUUGCCCCUUCUUCAAUUUCCAUUCAUUUCAAAGGGCUUUGCUUGGUGGAUUUUGUCUAUAUUGCUAACAUUCAAAAGUACAAUCUUUUACAGAAGGGCUAGUGGCAGCUGGUGGCUUCCAUAUCAGUCACGUGGUAAAUCUGCUCUGGGUUUUAGUCCAAACAUCGAAGGAGCUAUCCAAUAUGUUGAGAAUGUUUUGGGGAUGAGUGAAAACCACAAGUAGAUUCACUGCAUUAAUGUUAUUGAAGCCAUCAGUUCACACUGAUAAGGGCUAUUGUAUCCUUCUUGUUCAGUUUUGCAUCAAUACAUUUGGAAAGCAAAAAUACAGUACUGUAACAAGAUUUUUUUUCAUCAGUUUCUUUGCAAGUACAAAGUCACAAAAGCUUGCUUAGCUGUUGAAAAGAUCCAAAGCACAAAUUGUUCCAGAGAUAGGGAAUAUUAAUCGAAAGCUUCCAUAGCUGAAGUGAAAUGGAAACAGAUUUCCAUUGGCUUGAUUGGCAAUGCACUCUUUACUUUCAGGGUCAGAGAGUUAAUUCCCAGAUACAGUGUUUGGAGGAGAACGUAAAUAAAUCUAUUUCCUUUAACCCAAUCACACACUCUAUAAUCUCGCUAGAUUUUGUUCCACUAAGCAUAUAUAUAUAGGGUUCAAUCAUAGCUAAUUUUCUUCAGAUGAUACUUGCCAUGUUUUCCUAAGCUUGAUAUUUAGGACCAAACUGCCCAUCAGACCCUGGGCCAGCUCCAUCACAGGCAGAAAUCUGGAUUUUAUUUUUCUGCUUAAUAACAAAAAAGUUACCACUGUUUCCAAAUGAUAGCUUCUCCAGAAAAGGAGAUGUUAAUGCGCAGGUAUUCACUAUAUGGAUAGCAUUUUUGACAGGAAUCAGCUUGCAGGAAUAUUUCAUGAAACACUUUCAGCCAUAUUUUGUGAAUGAAUACAAAAUAGUGAGCUGACACAGACAAAGAGCUUCCCCUCUAAUGUAAUAUUAACCAUUACAUUUUCUUUAUAUGUUAACCAUGCACUCUUCCAGACCUGCCCUCUUCAAUGAAAAGCCACUUCAGAGUUGCUAAAAUCUUCAGAAAAUACCUCUCUUGCUCUUUGCUGUUUUGAAAAAUAGCAAUCAUGGUAGAAGAAAGUUACAAUCUCUUGCAAGCAUAGCCAUAUUUUGACUUUAUGUUUCCCUUACUGUAUCCAGGUAAGGCUUUAAUGUCUGUGCUACCUUCAUGGGUUACUUUCAUCCACUUUUGUGUUUACUUUCAACCAACUGCAGCUACAACACACUUAUUUUGUAUGGUCUUGAUUAGAGAUUGCAUCAAAUUAAUUGUUUAGUAUGGGAUGGAGAACCCGAGGUCCUCUCGGUGUUCCUCUCAAAACUAUCCAGACCACGACCAACAAAGUGUAAACCGAGUAAAAUUCAAAAUAGUGUUAAUUUGGGCUUACAGUAGACAAGAUCCUUUCCCCAUGUCCUCACAUAAUAAAAUGUGUUGCCCUACUGGUGAGAUUGAAAGGGCUCUUUCGGUAGAAUUUAGACCUCAAGACAGGCAUGUUUAUGGAGAGACAUUCCUUGAAUUACUGAGGUCUGAAGCCAUGUAAGGCCUUGGUAUCACCAGCAUCUUGAAUUUAGACUGAAAUUGUACUAGAACCCCUUAAAGGCCAGUGCUAUACAUUUUUCUAUAUGAUGUUCUGAUCACUAGUCUUAUGCACACAGCACUAGCCUCAGCUUCCAGAUUGUCUUCAACAGCAGUCCUAUGCAGGGUGUACUGCAGAAAUCUUAAGAGUUAAUUAGAUGUUGCAGCCAUUUCAAUGUGUCUAUGUAUGCAAUGUCUGAAUCAAGUGUAAAUAGUAGCUUCUUUUUAAAUGCACUGUUAGAACACAGAUAGGAAUCACGUAGUCCAGUAACUGCAUUUGGAACCCAUCCAACACACAAAUUUUAACAAAAUACCUUGAAAGCUGCUAUUUUCAGUCUUAAAGUAGGUUGUAAACAGGGCCGUAGCC